UCAACCUGGGUGAAAACCGCAAUCUGUUUACGGACAGUUUGUCAACGUUUUGGUCAUCUUCUCACAGUCUGCGCUGUUAAAAAAAAUCCUGAGGGAGGAAUAUAUUGCCUGUUGACCUCACUCUGUGUGAAAAAAUGGAUGUAGCAGCAAGAAGUCAAAUCAAGAAAACACACAGACUCCUGAUGCCCUAAGAUAGUCUUUAGUGACUGUGACAAGACCAACUGAUUUACCUUGCGAUCUUAAGUGUAGGAAUUACUGCUUGAAGGUGGUGUUAUCAUCAAGAUGAAGCUUGUCAGCCGGGAUCUUGAGAAAGAUGGAGCAGGGCAAGUGACCCUCAUCCCGGAGGAGUCGGAGGACAUGUGGCAUGCCUUCAACCUGAUCCGGGCUGGCGACAGCCUGCGGUCCACCACAGUCCGCAAGGUGACCACCGAGACGGCCACGGGCAGCAGCAGUAGCAACCGGGUCCGCACCGUGCUGACCGUCUCGGUGGAGGACGUGGACUUUGACGUACAGGCCUGCGUGCUGCGGGUCAAAGGCCGCAACAUCCAGGAGAACCAGUAUGUUAAGAUGGGGGCAUAUCAUACAUUAGAUUUAGAGCUCAACCGAAAAUUCACUCUUGCCAAGCAGUUGUGGGAUGCAGUCGACCUUGAAAGAAUAGAAACGGCCUGUGACGCGGCGCAAAUGGCCGACGUGGCCGCAGUCGUGAUGCAGGAGGGGCUAGCACUCAUCUGCCUGGUCACCCCCAGCAUGACUUUGGUGCGGGCCAAGAUCGAGCACAACAUCCCACGCAAACGCAAGGGGUCCUGCUCACAGCACGACAAAGCCCUGCUGCGCUUCUACGAUGCCCUCAUGCAGGCCAUUCUUAGACAUGUCAACUUCGAUGUUGUUAAAUGUGUGCUAGUAGCAAGUCCGGGCUUUGUGAAGGACCAGUUUUGUGAGUUCAUGUUUCAAGAAGCCAUUAAGUUGGAGAACAAAGUCCUCCUAGAGAACAAGCCCAAGUUUCUACUGGUCCACUCUUCCUCCGGGCACAAGCAUGCUCUCAAAGAGGUAUUGUCCAACCCAGCGGUAACAGCAAGGCUAGCUGACACCAAAGCAGCAGGGGAGGUGAAAGCACUAGAUGCCUUCUACAACAUGCUGCAGAAUGAACCAGACAGGGCCUUCUAUGGAAUCACUGAAGUGGAGACUGCCAAUGCUGCCACUGCCAUAGAGACAUUGCUCAUCAGUGACAAGCUCUUCAGGUCACAGGACAUUGCUCAGCGCCAGCGCUACGUUGCCUUGGUGGAGAGCGCUCGAGAGAAUGGGGGCGAUGUCAAGAUAUUCUCAAGUCUGCAUGUGUCAGGCGAACAACUCGACUUGCUCACUGGAGUGGCAGCAAUACUACGUUUCCCUAUGCCUGACAUUGAUGAACUAGGCCGCGACUCCAGCUCCGACGAGGAUUGAAACUAUUUGAGCCUCUUCUGGGGACAUUAUGUUCCUGAAUUUCCUAGAGAAGACAUCAUCUGCAGACUUUCAGGAGUCAGGAGGCAGCCAUGUUCCUGUGGUUCCCUGAAGCCAUGGCAUACGGGAUGCCAUGCAUGUAAUGAUGUGGAAGGUACCAGUCUUGUGGCUUGGUCGCCCAUCUGAAUUGGUCAAGGAGAUUUAAAAGCUUUUAGUAUGUUCACCAAAAAUUGAAUGCAUGGCUUUUAAGGAAAUAUCACAAACACAUCUGGCUAAUCAAAGUUGCAUUUGCUCACUGACAUUCACCGAGAGGUGGCACACUGCUUUUCCAGAAUGUUCACUACCAGCCAUCAAGGCUGUCAACUGCGUCCAGAUAGUUGGAUUGCUGACCAAAAACAUCACUAUUAUUUUUGUAAUGAUGAUGGAAGAGGCUAAACAACAGAAAUUUAUAGAAUCAUUGAUGUCCUAUUUAUAUUUUGUGUUGACAUGUUUUCAUUUUCAGUCUUGGCAUUGCUGUGUCAGUCAAUGGCAUUUCUAGGCCCUUUUUUGUUUUAAUCUAAAUGUUGAUGUAUACAUUCAGGCACAAAAUGGCUAUACCACUUUGGACAAAAACCUUCUACAUGUAUUUUGAGUUCCAAAAAAUUGGUGUUGUUUUGCUUCCUAUUUUUGUGUUCCUUAGCUGAUUUUGGAUAAAACACCCAGCCAUUAAACCUUUACACAAACUCUUCACAAUGACCUGUUGAAACAUUCAUAACUUUUGCAGAAAACUCCCAGGAACUGGUAAAAAGAGCGUUCUCGCAACAACAUUGUCUUCAGGUUUAGGAAGUAGUUGGAACAGAGGGGCAAUAACUCUCCACACAACAUGUUUAAAGUGUGAACUUGGUUUUGUUCUCCCUUUACCUAAAUAGUCAUAUAAUGUACAGGUGUAUUCUUGUACAGUGGCAUUAAGUGCAACUGGUAUCAAAUUUCAUUGCCAUCAGUGAGAAACCCAACCAGGAAAGACAAAUGGUUCCCUCUGUAAUGACAAAUGGAAUCAGCUAUCGAACUGCGAUGCGACCAUGCCCAAAUGUCUGGUUUCAAAAGAUUGAAUAGAUAGGCCCAACCAUCAAUCAUUCAGGCGGUGUGAAUCAAAGUACAGUUAACGAAAGUCGUCACUUGGACUUACCCCUACAUGAAUCUUUGAUUGGUUGUUGCAACUGCAAAUGCACCUCAAGUUUAAGAAAGCAUGUCGUAUGCUUGCAUGCACAGUUGGGGCAAAAUGUUUACAUACGCCUGGGAGAACAAAAACAGCUUUCCUCAAAUUUCCAGGGGUGUGAGUGGUCACUUACAGCACAAUGCUGAAUGUAAGAAAUCCCCACAGGUUUGUAUGCAGCAAGUGCAUGAAGAAGCUGAAAUUGAGGGUCAACAUUUGAACAAAAAAGAAGCUGAAAUCAGCUAAAAAGUUGAAUUUUAACAUCUCUGAAUUUCACAACUUCACUCGUUCCUGCAAACUUCAUAAAGACAAAAGAGAUGGGUCUAUAGCUAAUGUACAUAGUGUAUGCAUCAUAUAAAAACACCCGGUGAUGUAUAUAUGAUUCAUAUGUAUAUUUACCCCCAAAAAAUCAAAAUUUUAUAUACUCCAACCCUCAUAUUGAGUGCCGCUUUCUGUAUUUUUGGUAACAUUUCAUAGUCACAGUUGACCCCUCUCUGAAGUGUUUAAACCACAGUAAGGGGGUAGAUUAAAAUUUUUCACAAUAUGAUUUCUCAGAAGUAAUAAUAUUGUGAACCAUAAUUGAAGUACACACUACGAACAUUAAGUUGAGAUACAAUUUGUCUGACGUUAUAAAAGUUGGCAAAACUAUAUUGAACAGCAAAAAAAAUUGAGGAAAACUGUUUUACCAAGUGCACAUACAUUUUUGGCCCCAACUGUAUAAUGCCAAUGAACUUACAUGCAUGGUGUCUCCUGAUAAUAGUUGGUGCGAAGACACUCUACUGAGGAUAUCAGAGUUAGCAUAUACACACGGUGCGCAUGAUUGGCACAGCUGUAGUGAGUAAAACUUUGUUGGAUGAUGGCAUUUGCUUGGUGCAGCAAAGAUGAUCUGAAUGAGUUAACAACGUUUACCAGUCAUUUCUAAUGAUGCUGCAUUAUCUAAUAUCUGUCCAGUGUUACGGCGACAGUCAAAUGUGUCAUAGAGGCAGGCAAAAACAAGCUAAAAAAUGCUCCCUGGCCAAACCUAACUAAGAAAGUACCAGGAGCAUUAAUCUUCCCACUUCAGUCCUAUUUAGUUGUUCGGGUUUUUCUGUGUUUACCAAGGUAGCGUGUAUUACUGGCAUUCCAUGCCAACAGCUAAAACAGGAAAACUGUACAAAGAAUGUACCUCAGCUAAUUGUGUACAAGUAUUACGAGACAUGGACAACAAAUAGAACUUGUGUUUAUGAGUACACCAACAGAUGCAUAAAGGAGAGUUAUUUAUUGGGAUAUACAAUGGCAACCGUUUCCUGCUUGUAAAUUAAAACUUAAAGAAAAGGCUUGCUGUUUAUGCAGCACUUCUUCGUUAUGAACAAGUGCACGUAAACGUAUAUUAAAAUUCAUCAAGAUUGAUGAUGACGGUUGUACAUUUUUACAGGCAAAAUACAGAAGAGGCCAUUUAAAGUAAUAUCCAGAUUGUUUGCUCUUAAAUUGUUAUCAUGAUUAUUUAUGAAAUAAAUUUAUUGAACAGUA